CUGCGUUCUGUGUCUUUGCUAUCUUCCCCCUUUGUCACUGAACUAAACCGGCUACAGGGAGGGAUUUCAGGCACACAGCAAUUAAGCUUUUGUGGCGUACCUCUUAACAUGUCAUAGUGGUUUUAGAUCAGAGGUCUCUGUUGUGAGACAAGCCGUAUCACUAUUUUCAGAUGGCUCUUUCUUAGCCCAAGCAGAGAGGCUAAGAUGAAGGCCAAGGCUUUGUCAGUGCGGGAGUGCACCUGGAUGUCAGUGGAGUGCCACCUGGUGGAUGAGCUGCAUGGAGACUCCCAGAGGAACAGCCGGUGUUUACCAAACAUCUUCAAGUCCAAAAAGGUGAAGCCGCUUACGAGGAGUCAGACUGGACCUAGUUACCAGGUCUACCAUACAGCCAGAGAGCUCCUGCUGGAAGUGCUGGACAGAGGAGCUGUCCGGAAGUUGAUCAGGAGAGCUGCUGGUGUGAAAGCAGGAGCGACCCGUCCGUCAUACAGCCAGACCAGGGAGCCAGGUGCUGAUCUCUCUGAGGAGGAGUAUGCAGAGGCUUUAACGUUAUUCUCUAUAGUCCUACAGAGCGGUCUGUUUGUAGGAAAGGACUGCAGAUUAGGCUCUGAGCUGACCCUAAAAUUGGAUGGAUGGCAGGGCAUCUUGAAGAGAAACAGCUUCCAGACCAACCUCCUGUCUCUGACCAGACUGGAAUAUGAAGACAAGUUGGAAGUCCUUUCUGCUUUCUGCAGCCACUUAACCAGGCGCUACCAGGCCUUAUACACACCGGGUCACAACCUAAACGUGAAGAAAUACAGACUUUCCUACGAGCAGGGGCCUUCCUCUCUCCAUCUGGCCCUCCUCUGUGACAUGAGCUCCGGGUUUAUUUGUAACAUGUAUCUGUACUGUCCCAAGCAUCUCCAGAGGCAGAGUAAGAAAGCUGUGGUUGAGCAGGUGGUCGGAUACCUGCUGAGACCUUUUUGCAGCCACAGACACCUGGUUCAGCUGGACAGCUCUGCUUGGAUGGAGGGCAGACUCACAGACAUCUUCUCUGGCUUGGGUUUCGAUAUUGAUUUUGUUCCAACUGUUCAAAGAUCAUCUUCAUCUCCACCACUCAUUGAGGACUCACUGUCUCAAUUUGUAGCCCACCUGCAGGGCUGGACCGGACCUGCUCUGUUUCCUGUGUCAGACCUGAAGGGAGCAGUGGAAGAUGUGUUUCUCCCGGGCAUCUGGGUGACACUACAUAUCAUCUGCAUCAACACGUUUACGCUUCACACUCUGCAGUGCCAGGACUCAGGCAGGCAGGUCCACCUGACGGAGUUCACCAGGGCUCUGGCCUCAAAGCUGGCUGUGGACCGCAGCAUCACUGUGCCUGUUCUGCAACAACUGAACAGCUCAUACCAACACACAAGUUCAACAAAUCCUUCUAAGCUAAGGAGGAAUUCCAUCAGUGUGGAAAAUGAGAAACCAGGCUGCAGCUCUGCAGUGAAGCUGCAGUCGGGCUGGAACAGACCAGGAGUGUGCGGUUUGGAUAACUCCGGCAACUCCUGCUACUUAAAUGCUGUGUUACAGUGUCUGUGUUCCACUGUGCCCCUCGUGGAGCGCCUCCUUAAUCAGGACACUCGCAAAGAGCUGGAAAAGUCUACGUGCCGGGUGGCCGGGAUGUUUGUCCGCCUGCUGGAGGAGAUGUGGCUGGGAAGGAGCUCCAGCUGUGCCCCUGUGGAGGCCAGGUCUGUGCUGUGCUCCAUCUUCCCCCAGUUCAACAACUACUCCCAGCAAGAUGCCCAGGAACUGCUGCUCUUUCUCCUCAACGCACUACACGACGACCUCAAAAAGGUUGCGAAGCGCCAGAUGCAAUCCUCAAGACGACCACCAAGACAAGACCAGAUUAGGAACUGUGCCGGCGCAACGGGGGAGUCCAGCACCAUUGUCUCACAUCUGUUUGAGGGUCAUCUGGGCUACAUGACCCUCUGCAUGCACUGCAACCACCAGACACACAGCACACAGACCUUCACUGUACUCUCACUGCCAAUUCCAACAGACAUCAUUAAGUGUUGCAUUCAGGACUGCCUGUCACUGUUCUUCGAGCAGACUAUCCUGACUAGAGGAGAGCAGAUGUUGUGUUCCGUAUGUGGGAUGAGGAGAGAAACAGCAGUCCUCACUUAUUUGGACAAACCUCCCGAAAUCCUGAUGUUGCACCUCAAACGGUUUGGUUGUAAGGGGAAGAACCAGGUGAAACUGAGGACGAAUGUCGUGUUCUCCAUGAGGCUCAAUCUCUCACCGUUUCUAUCCAGCUCAGUACAGAACGCCUCAUAUUCUUCAUACCGCCUAUAUGCUGUUGUGAACCACACAGGUCAUCUUAACAUGGGUCACUACACAGCUCUGUGCCACAACGCCCUGACUCGGACCUGGCACUGUUUUGACGACUCAGCAAUCCGAGAGGUACCAGACAGCCUCGUGCAAUCUCCAGAUGCCUACGUGCUGCUCUACAGCCGUAAGCGCUUUCAAAAGCCCAAGAUCCACGGACUCUGAGUUCUCCAACCAGCCGGUCAGGGGGCUGAGUUUCAACUUCCUUUUUUGUUGUUCAAUACUU